AUGAACAGCACUACAGUUACGCAAUCAGCAACACAUUCGAUCUACAGAGCUAGCAGGGGGGACAUGAGCGAUACUGUUUCCCAGCAUGCUACGACACCUGUGGCGCAAGCUGCAAACGAGGCUGAGGAUAUUGUCGAACAGGCUCCAUCUCAAACGCGGUCGAAGUUUCCACCUCAUCAUCACCGGCCUGGCUGGAGUGAGUGCAAUACAUGCUACUGCUUCAACCAGAAACCAAGCCAAGCAACGCUUGAUCGAUGCAACAACGCCCUUACCAAAAUCCAGCCUCGUCUGACGGAAUUUGUGUCCAAGUUUCGGCGCAAACGUCAUCUCUACCGUCAUGUCGACAAUAUUUCACUGGGCGUGACUUGUAGGUCACUGGGAAGGGUCGAUGCCUCAGCAAAAGUAUUGAUCGUCAUGAUCUGUGCGGAACACAUUCGAGGAAAAAUUCAGAGAUGGAUCGACAAAGGCAGCCUCGACGAGAUAUGCCAACCUGAAAGAGCAGACAUCAUGAAGCUGGGCAUAGUACUUGUCGAUGGUGCUUUGAUAGAGGAGGCAACCGGUAGCUUGCUUCCCAGCCAGAUUUACUGUUCUCCAGGGUUCUCUCAAGGAGCUGAUAGAUACUAUCGAACAGCUUUGAUUAAGGCCGAGGAAGAAAAUCGUCGUCAUUACGCAACGAUGGGUGGAUUACUGACCAUCGUCGGAGCAGAUGGUGGGGCAUCAAUACUUGGUUUGACAGCCAGUCACCUGUUUUUGCAUCGUGAAAAGGAAAAUGACAACGACGAGGGCUUUGCUACACGCGAUUCCGAUAGUAGUGACAGCGAGAGUGAUAUCGAAAGUCCGGACAUGAACGAGUCUGGUGGCGAAUCCCACCAGACCCCUGACACUUCAUCUCUGGAGGCGAUAGAGGCAGACGAUUUGGAAAACAGAGACUGGUUCAACCUCGGCGCUCUGGCGGAUGUCUCUUACUCACAGCAAGCGAAAGACCGCGACUGGGCGCUUGUUGAGCUUUUGGAUCAAGCUGAGACCCGCCAAAUCAUUCCCGAGUUGAUCAACAAAGACAUGAUCUCUGCAGAAACAGAGGAACGUCCUGCCGACAGAGUACGUAUCGUUUGCUUAUCAGGACAAGUGUCUUGUGAUUUGUCCUCUUGGCCAGCUAUGGCAUUACUCCGGAACGGGCGUUCAUUUGUGCGGGCGUACAUUACGACAUCGUUGAAUUCUCAAGGUAUGAUCUCGAUACCUUUACCUUCACACUCUUCUAACACGCAGCAGAUCUUCCUCCCGGCUGCUCUGGAUCUUGGGUAA